GGACUCGACAGGUCGCCACAGCCGCCGCCUCCAGAGCCAGCCCAGCCGCAGCCGCCCCCGCCGCCCUCAUAGCGCAGCACUGCGUGCCCUCUUUGCUGACUGCCCGCUGACAACGCAGACUAGCGCCCAUGAUUGGCUCAUUCUGGAACCUGUGCAGAGCGUGCCCAUCCAUGCCGGUGGAUAAGCUGCACUCGGAGUACCGGAGCACGUACAAGUGGCACGAGUACACGGGGCCGCGCCAGGAGGUGGUGCGCCGGCCUCCGCAGUCGCAGACCAGCCCGCCAGCCGCCAACGGUACCAGCGCCAACGGCAAUACAUCGAAACUCCGGCCGACGCGAUCCACCGAGGAAGAGUCAACCACCGUCACAUCUGGUAAGGAGUCCAGAAAUCCGUCACUUGCUUACGACAGCAACGAAGUGCGUGACAUACUAAUAAUACACCAGCAGGUAUGA